AGAAAUACAAUAAAUAAAUAUAGUUUAAAAAUUAAUAGAAAAUAAGAAAGUUUUAUUAAUUAUUAAAAAUGACUGUGCACGAAGAAGCAGAAAAAAGACGUUUACUAUCAUUAAAAAAGAAAAAGGAAACAUUCAAAGCUAAAGAAAAGCUUAUUAGUGAUGCUUUAAAAAAUGUGGAUAAAAAUAAAUCAAAUAAGAUCGUGUUCGAUGAAAACAUUGAAGAAGAUGUUACAAUUGAAAAAAGAAAAGAAAAUAGAAAACGUAAAACUUUAUUUGAUAAUGAAGACGAUGACGAUGACAAAGAAGUCGACUGGAACGAUGAUAAAUUCAAAAGAAAGAAAAAUUUAGACCCAAAGUACUUAAAAUUACAAGCAAGUUUUGGUAAUGAUCCUCGUUUUACUUUGGACAAUCGUUUUAUCGAAGAAGAUGCAGAAGGCAAUGAAGAUGAAGAAAGAGUCAAUAAAAAUGAUAUAGAAAAUGAAAAAGAAUGGCAGUUUAAUAUAUUGGAAGAUGUUUUGGGUGCACCAAUUACGAAAAAGGCUAAAAAUGAAGAACCAGUGAAGAAAUUUGGAAUGAUACGAUAUGACCCAACAGAAGAUCAACACAAAAAAUAUGAACUUACCAAGGAAGAAAUUACAUCUAGCGUAAAGACUAAAAAGAAAAAGAAAAAAGAAGAAAUUGCAGAAGAUACUAACAAAGAUGAACCAGUUGUAGUAUCAAAGGAUAUAUAUUAUUCGGUAUCGAACUCCUUAAGCAAGAGUUUAAAUCAACCAGGAGAGUUUAGUUUAUUGAAGACAUAUGGAAAGAAUAUUGACGAGACUGAUAAUAAAAGAAAUGAUGGCAAAGCUAAAAAAAUAUCCAAAAACAAAAAAUCAUUUUUAAAUUUCGAUUCCACGAAUCCAUUUAAAUACGAUUCUUCGGAUGAUGAAAAUGAAGCUGAUUCGAAAACGAAUACUACAGAUUAUAAAGAAAAAAAAGUACCAAUUAAUUUAUUUGGAAAAGAUAGCGAUAAUUUGUUCUUCUUGACAAAUGAUAAACGCUUCAAUGAUGCCUUAAAUUUUUUUAAGAAGGAAUCAGUGCCAAAAAAGGAAUUUAAAAAUUUGAGACGUGAAUUAAAACAAAUUGUACGCGCCAAAGUUCGUAAGAAUGUGAGAAAAACUGAAAAAUGGGGAGGUAGAAAAAAAAUUAAAAAACUAUCGUAAACUGUAAAUAUAUAUAAAGAAAG